AUAAAGAGAAAGAGAUGGGAAGAAGAAAGGUAAUAAUCAAAAGAUUGGAAGAUAUGAAGGCAAGGCAAGCAAAAUUUUCAAAGAGAAAGACAGGUCUUAUUAAGAAAGCAAAGGAAAUUUCCAUUCUUUGUGACGCUGAUCUUGCUCUUGUCAUGUUCUCCCCUACAGGAAAGCCUAUAUGUGUUGUUGGACAGGACAAGGAUUUAGGUAGUGUUCUUCAGAGGUUAUCAUCUUUAUCGGUGGAGGGACGACAAGAAAGGCGGGCCUACAGCACCAAGUUACUGCAGAAAAUAUAUUCAAAUUCCAGCUCUGAGGUUGAUCCAAGAAACUUCUCACCUGACAACAGAAGAUCAGAAGUUCUCAAAUUGCAUGUAGGAGAAUUGGCUGAACUGAAGGGAAAGUUUGCUGAGAAGAGCAAAAUAUUGGGGGAUUGGAAGAACCCACACAUGGUUGAAGACCUAGCACAAAUCAAAGUCAUGGAGCACCAUCUUAUUAGGCGACCGGAAACUGAAGAUGCUCCUUCACAAGCAGAAUGGUAUAUGCAUAUAAGCAGGGUCUUGAAGUUGGGUUCUCCAGCUUGAACUUCUUUAUCUCUUUUGAGCAUGUGGUUAAUUUAUAGUGCUCUUGGGAUUUCUUUUGAAAUAUUUGGUUAAGGUCUUGUGGAUUUGGCAUUUGGCCGAUGCUUGAAUUUAACAAUGUUUUUAUGCGUGAAUAUAUCAUAGAUUUCCUU